UUCCCGCGGCGGGCCCCGCCCCCCGGCCAAUCGGACCCGCGCUCGCCCGAGCCCAGAUUUUCUUUGUUCCGCAGCCAUUUCAGGCCCCGGACCGGAGGCAACGCCGCUUCGGCAGAGGGCCCGAGCGCCGGAGGCCUCUGGGAUGGUGUGGGACCGGCAAACCAAGAUGGAGUAUGAGUGGAAACCUGACGAGCAAGGGCUUCAGCAAAUCCUGCAGCUGCUGAAGGAGUCCCAGUCCCCAGACACCACCAUCCAGAGAACCGUGCAACAAAAACUGGAACAACUCAAUCAAUAUCCAGAUUUUAACAACUACCUGAUUUUUGUUCUGACAAAAUUAAAAUCUGAAGAUGAACCCACAAGAUCAUUGAGUGGUCUCAUUUUGAAGAAUAAUGUGAAAGCACAUUUUCAGAACUUCCCAAAUGGUGUAACAGAUUUCAUUAAGAGUGAAUGUUUAAACAAUAUUGGUGACUCCUCUCCUCUGAUCAGAGCCACUGUAGGUAUUUUGAUUACAACCAUAGCCUCCAAAGGAGAAUUACAGAAUUGGCCUGAUCUCUUACCAAAACUGUGUGGCCUAUUGGAUUCUGAAGAUUACAACACUUGUGAGGGAGCAUUUGGUGCCCUUCAGAAGAUAUGUGAAGAUUCUGCUGAGAUUUUAGAUAGUGAUGUUUUAGAUCGUCCUCUCAACAUCAUGAUUCCCAAAUUUUUACAGUUCUUCAAGCACAGUAGCCCAAAAAUAAGAUCUCAUGCUGUUGCAUGUGUCAAUCAGUUCAUCAUCAGUAGGACUCAAGCUCUGAUGCUGCAUAUUGAUUCUUUUAUUGAGAAUCUCUUUGCAUUGGCUGGGGAUGAAGAACCAGAGGUACGGAAAAAUGUAUGCCGGGCACUUGUGAUGUUGCUUGAAGUUCGAAUGGAUCGCCUCCUUCCUCACAUGCAUAAUAUAGUUGAGUACAUGCUACAGAGGACCCAAGAUCAAGAUGAAAAUGUGGCUUUAGAAGCCUGUGAAUUUUGGCUCACUUUAGCUGAGCAACCAAUAUGCAAAGAUGUACUUGUAAGGCAUCUUCCUAAGUUGAUUCCUGUGUUAGUGAAUGGCAUGAAGUACUCAGAUAUAGAUAUUAUCUUACUUAAGGGUGAUGUUGAAGAAGACGAAACGAUUCCUGAUAGUGAACAGGAUAUAAGGCCACGUUUUCAUCGAUCAAGGACGGUGGCUCAGCAGCAUGAUGAAGAUGGAAUUGAAGAAGAUGAUGAUGACGAUGAUGAAAUUGAUGAUGAUGAUACAAUAUCUGACUGGAAUCUAAGAAAAUGUUCUGCUGCUGCCCUGGAUGUUCUUGCAAAUGUGUAUCGUGAUGAGCUUUUGCCACAUAUUUUGCCCCUUUUGAAAGAAUUACUGUUUCAUCAUGAAUGGGUUGUUAAAGAAUCAGGCAUCUUGGUUUUAGGAGCAAUUGCUGAAGGUUGCAUGCAAGGUAUGAUUCCAUACCUGCCAGAGCUCAUUCCUCACCUUAUUCAGUGCCUCUCUGAUAAAAAGGCUCUUGUGCGUUCCAUAACGUGCUGGACUCUUAGCCGCUAUGCACACUGGGUAGUCAGCCAGCCCCCGGACACGUACCUGAAGCCAUUAAUGACAGAAUUACUAAAGCGUAUUCUGGAUAGCAACAAGAGAGUACAAGAAGCUGCCUGCAGUGCCUUUGCUACCCUUGAAGAGGAGGCUUGUACAGAACUUGUUCCUUACCUUGCUUAUAUACUUGAUACCUUGGUCUUCGCAUUUAGUAAAUAUCAGCAUAAGAACCUGCUCAUUCUUUAUGAUGCCAUAGGAACGUUAGCAGAUUCAGUAGGACAUCAUUUAAACAAACCAGAAUAUAUUCAGAUGCUAAUGCCUCCACUGAUCCAGAAAUGGAACAUGUUAAAGGAUGAAGAUAAAGAUCUCUUCCCUUUACUUGAGUGCCUAUCUUCAGUUGCCACAGCUCUGCAGUCUGGCUUCCUUCCAUACUGUGAACCUGUGUAUCAGCGUUGUGUAAACCUAGUACAGAAGACUCUUGCACAAGCCAUGCUGAACAAUGCCCAACCAGAUCAAUAUGAGGCUCCAGAUAAAGAUUUUAUGAUAGUGGCUCUUGAUUUGCUCAGUGGCCUGGCAGAAGGACUCGGAGGCAACAUUGAACAACUGGUAGCCCGAAGUAACAUUCUAACACUAAUGUAUCAGUGCAUGCAGGAUAAAAUGCCAGAAGUUCGACAGAGUUCCUUCGCCUUGUUAGGUGACCUGACAAAAGCUUGCUUUCAGCAUGUUAAGCCUUGUAUAGCUGAUUUCAUGCCAAUAUUGGGAACCAACCUAAAUCCAGAGUUCAUUUCAGUCUGCAAUAAUGCCACAUGGGCAAUUGGAGAAAUCUCCAUUCAAAUGGGUAUAGAGAUGCAGCCUUAUAUUCCUAUGGUGUUGCACCAGCUUGUAGAAAUCAUUAACAGACCCAACACACCAAAGACGUUGUUAGAGAAUACAGCAAUAACAAUUGGUCGUCUUGGUUACGUUUGUCCUCAAGAGGUGGCCCCCAUGCUACAGCAGUUUAUAAGACCCUGGUGCACCUCUCUGAGAAACAUAAGGGACAAUGAGGAAAAGGAUUCGGCAUUUCGUGGGAUUUGUACCAUGAUCAGUGUGAAUCCCAGUGGAGUAAUCCAAGAUUUUAUAUUUUUUUGUGAUGCUGUUGCAUCAUGGAUUAACCCAAAAGAUGAUCUGAGGGACAUGUUCUGUAAGAUCCUUCAUGGAUUUAAAAAUCAAGUUGGGGAUGAAAAUUGGAGGCGUUUCUCUGACCAGUUUCCGCCUCCAUUAAAAGAGCGUCUUGCAGCUUUUUAUGGUGUUUAACCUCAUAAACUUAAGCUGCAGUCCCAUAAUUAGGGGUCCUUCGGUCUUGGAGACUAUGAGGGAGCCUCUGCACCCAGGGAAAAUGUUACCCUUUACAGGGGGGAAGGGUAAACCAGUAGGGAAUACAGUACUACAAUCCCAACCCUACUGGGAGGGGCGGGAGGGAGGUGUUGCCGUCACUGUAUUAAGUCGAUGUUGGGAAACGUUUUAACAUCUGGAGCCUUUGUGGGUGGAAAUCUGUCUCCAAUUACAACUCUGCACUGGAUGUGAAGAAGCAAAAAAAAAAAAAACUGUUCUGUCUACUCACAAAACAGUACAUUCUGGAAUAUUAUGGGGAAUUAUACCAAAACAAGAACCAUAUAAAUGAUGCAUAGGAAUAAGAGAGGAAAAUUUCUAUAGCGCACAAUAAAGGAAACCUAAGAAUAGGGGUUACAAACAGUAAA